AGCCGUUUCUUAGUUAGGAGGUGGCAGGAGCUGAAUCCCUUCAGCUCAGAGACCUCGAGGCCAUAUGGCAGCCACAGCGACCACCGACCCAGUCAUGGCGCUGAUGGGCUGGCAUGGCGAACCUUUGCUGCUACGUCGGUUGAAGUACCAUGUAGCAGAAUCUGCCCUAGAGAUCGCUGCCAUCAUAGUUUGCAUGUACCUCUCCGACAAAUCGCUGCAACCCAGGGGCCUUUUUAUCCGACUGUUGUGCCUGCCAAUGGCUGUUGCUACAUUGAAAUUGUUUUGGUCACUGCAACUGACUUGGAGCUACUUCCGAAUGAAGAGCGCAGAUGCUUCCACGAUGCUGCGGCGUAUGGGGUGUUUGCACACCCGCAGCCACUGGUCUUGCUCCGUAGCAAUGUUCACUUGCUUUAGCUGCCUGCUGAUGGUGUGGCACGCCAUCGUGCUGUUGCUCAUGUUCUGUUAUGACUACACCUCCGAGCAGGUUUUUGCUGUGCGAUGCCUCAUGGGCUGCUCUGGGUUGUUUGUCGUCCUCAACUGGGUAUUCUGGCGUGAUUUUGUUCGUCACUACCGAGAGACCCAGGAAGACGAGGGGUUAGACUUCGUAGACUUGUACAAGCUCCAAGUCCUGUGCAAAAUGUACCAGACAAAGGUGAUUCGCUCAAGAAAGGCCUGUGAGGUGCAAAGCCCUGGUGAAGAGGCUGCAGCGAGCCUGUGCUGCACAAUUUGCCUUGAAGAAUUCGGGGCCUCUGAGAAUGUGGCGCAGCUGCCCUGUGGACACUACUUCCACACCGCAUGCAUCAACAAGUGGGUGCUGGAGGACUGGCGGUGCCCCUUCCGCUGUGCGUUGGACAUGCCAAGGAGCAUCAAGGCACCUCAAGCUUGGCCUGCUCAGGCAAAUCCUGAGGCCACUGCCGAGGACCUUGAGGCCCAGCCGGCCACACCGCCAGAAGCUCCACGCGCUCCCCAGCUUUGAAGCUACUGGGCUGAGGACGCUUUGGGAGCUGGACGAAACAAGGCACCUGAGCUGUAGCGAUUGUCGACUAAUUCACUUGGAGCACGAUGUGCUUGAACAUGUCCGAGAGCCCAACAGGCCCAGAUAGUCAACAUCCAC